GGCUAUUAAAGCGGGCGUUGAUUCAUGUCGAACUGGUCGUGUUUGGAAGAAAGGCGCUGUAGAUGACAUUGUAGCGUUAGCCUGUGCUUAAUGAUGCUUUCUGAUGCAAUCAGUAUGUGUCAUCGGAUUGACGAUGUCAUGAAGCUGUGCUGUGAGUUAUCUGCCAAUACGCAAAUCCAGACCACAGUGAAAGGCUCAGGCAAGGGAGCAGCAGCAGCUGGGGGACUGGCCUUCGCUGGAGGGCUGGUCGGGGGUCCUCUUGGAAUAGCAGUCGGUGGUGCUGUGGGAGGCCUUCUGGGGUGCUGGCUGACCAGUGGACAGUUCAAACCACUGCCUCAGAUCAUAAUGGAGCUGAGUCCUCAGCAGCAGCAGAAGCUUUAUGAUGAUCUCAUGGCCAUCCUGGGAGACAUUCAGUGGACAGAUCUGGCUCAGCUAACAGCUCUAGUGAUGGGCAACGCCAGCCUGAAGCAGCAGCUAACAGGCGCCCUUCUCGGGUACAUCACCAAGGAGCUCCAGGCAGAGGUGCACUAUGUGGAUUAGCUUCUGUGGAAAAACUGGGAUAACCUGACUGGGGGGGCAACAUGCUCAGGAGGACUGAGUCUUUGACAAGAAUGUGAACUGUUUCUGUGAAGCUGGAGAGACUCUUUAUCAGAUGUGAAAUCACAUGUUGUAAAAUGGCUCAGACACAAUCACAGUCCUGGUAACAGGUUACACUGGUGAAAAAGAGGUUAGCACAUAACUGUGAAUUACAACAGCUUUAUAACAGGAUUAAUUUAUUAUUGGAAGUGCACUUGAAAGAAUUAUUUAUUCAUUAAGCCUUUAAUGGCACUGAUUUUCAUGUUUUACUUUAAAGGUUACUCAGAAUUAAGGUCACUCAGUCAGACCUUCAGCUACAAUGAAGUAGUGUUACCAGUUUUAAAAAAAGAUUAUUCAUUGAAUGAGUGCCAACUUCAGGGUGUGACAUAUUUUAAUUUGAUGUAAAUUUAGGAAGUUUAACAGUAGGAAUGUACCAGCUUGUGUGUACACUGUAUUGUUUUGCCAUCACUGAGUCAAUUCAGGCUCUUUUUUUGCUUUGAGUGAUCUCGUCAAUUAAAAGAGGUGU